AUGACCACAAGGAAAUGCAGGUGCUCAGCAUUCGUGAGAGAGGAGCAGAGGGGACCCCUCGUGGGCAGCCCUGUGGGAAAGGCGCCCACGCAGGGGCCCCACGCAUGGACCCCGUCCCCGGGUGGACUGGCAUCCAUGCAGCAGACACAGAGCCAGCGUCUGGGCUUGGUCAUCUGCUCCGUGUGGUGCCCGGGAGGUUGGUGUCCUGCUGGGCACCCUGGGCUGACGCGGCCUCCUUGUCCCCGCAGCGGCCUGUCGCAGGAGGCGGGCAGCGUGGAGCAGCUGUCCCUGCGCUGCGCCGAGGGCUCGCUCGAAUGGCUCUACCCCACCGGGGCACUGCGCCUCAGCCUCUCGCCCCGGCUGCCCGUGGCCCACCGCCCCCGCGCGCGCUGCUUCAGCUGGCUGCCCCGCGAGAAGGUGGCCCUCUUCCUGCAGGCCACCCCGCACCGCGACAUCAGCCGCCGCAUCGCCGCCUUCCGCUACGAGCUGCGCGGCGGCGCCCUGCCCGCCAGCAGCGCCAGCGGCGAAGGGACGUGCCGGCCAUGCAACGACACCGAGAUCCUGAUGGCCAUUUGCACUAGUGACUUUGUGGUGCGCGGCAGCAUCCCCCGGAGGGGUCGCGGUGAUGGGGCCGCAGCGCCGUGGAGGGUGACGCUGCCAUCGGAGGGGCUGUCAGGCCUAAUUCCCGUCACCACCCGCGAGCCACAAGGCCUCAUUGUGCUGGGCUGCUCAAGGCGAUUUUCCCAGCCCGGCACUCGGCCCUUGGCACUGCGCGCGGCCGGUUCCCAUCCCUCAGUCCCCCACUCUUAUUUAACGAAUUCCUGCUUUUCUCUCCGGCCCAACAUCCCUGCGGGAUCCCUUUGGCCGAAACGGCUGCGGAGUCGGGAACCCUCACGGUCCAGUGGGGAAGGGCCCCGCGUUUCACCCGGCAGAGGCAGCGGUUUGGGGAAGCGGGUCAGGCUGCGGAUCGCGGCCGUCACCGAGCAGAUGGGGGUGACCCACACGCUGCCCAGAAAAUGGGAAAGGGCAUCGAUCCUAUGA